GUGAUUGGUUCAUUGCUUGAUUCAUUCAGCGACCAUUUCCUCAGUGCCUAGUAAAUGCCGGGCACCCCUGUGUUUCACAGUAGUCUGUUCACAAUAGCCCUGUGAGUAGGUACUACGAUGCUCUUUGUUUUACAGAGAGAAAGCAAGAACAGAAAGGCUGGGAAACCUAACCAAAGUCACACAGUAAAGUGGAGGGAUCCUUUUUCUUUUUUCGUUUUUUCGGCAUAACGCUUAUGCCUUUCCAACAAACGCACCCUAAAUUUAUCACUUUGCUGGCUCACUGCUGUAUCUCCCCUGCUAAGAGUAUGGCUCCGCAAGAUGGCGGAACUCUGAAGUUUUGUUCACGUAGAACAGUAGAACCCGUAGAACAGGCACACAGUAGGCCCUGACCUCUUAUGAAACGAAUAAAAGCCGCAGAGCAGGCAGUCAGUUUCGUUCCAGAGCCCAGACCUUAUCGGGCGGUAAUUGAGCUCUUACUGAAUGUCAAUUCUUAAAACUACAGUGAGGCACUGUGCCUGAUGGCAAGGAAAACUUUGGGGUUUUCCUCAACUUCGCUCCAUCAUGGAGGUUGCUAAUUGCAUCGCCUGUGUGGUCAUUGCCUUUCCAGGGUCAGGGUUCAUAAGUGAGUCCACGGCUCAGCAGCUUCAGACACCAGCUGAUCUGCCAUGGGCUUCCUUAGUUAGACUACAGAAGACCCAGUCUGAGGCCUCAGAAGGAGGUGAGCUCCUCGGGUCAGAGGCAGAGACAUGGUCCUGAAGUGAUGGUCCCAGCAAAGGUACCUUUGUCUUUGAAUCCUUGGGUCCUGCCUCCUUAGAAAUAAAAUAGGUCCUCUAAGGGGAAUUGGAAGAGGAGCGCCAGCCCAGGCCCCAGGGGCAGAGGGGGAAGGCUCACAGGACAGACCCAGAUGCUCUGGUUAGAGGGAGGGGGCUCACAGGAUAGCAGGUCCUAGAAGAACUGGACCUGCAGUGCCCUCUGUCCCUUCCUUCAGCUGAGAGAGAGCAAGGCUGACUCGGUGACUCAACUUCUAGCCACCAUCAAGAGCUGUGUGAUGGUGGUCAGUUGAACCCCUAUUGGAGGAGAGGGAUGAAAGUUACAGACGGAUGGAGGGACGCUGCCCUGCGGUAGUGCCUGCAAAGGCAGGAUCAGGCUGGAAAGAUUGACCACCUGCCUCACGGGACUUUCUCCACUCCUGACACAUUUGUGCACACAUCAUUAUAUUUCUCUCUUGUGCCAUGGGCUAUUUUUGUUUUGUUUGUUUGUUUUUUGUUUUUGACCGCCCCGCGCGCCAUGCGGGAUCUUAGUUCCCCAACCAGGGAUGGAACCCGCGCCCCCUGUGGUGGAAGCACAGAGUCUUACCCACUGUUCGGCCAGGGAAGUCCCCUGGGCUAUUUUUGGAUUUGAGUCAGUCCCAUAGUAUAAACAACCCACUUACCUGUAGCAGAAAUGUUGAAUCUCCUCUACCCUGACUAGAUGACCAAAGAGGUGUGUUUGGUUUCUGUGUGUCUGUGACCUUUCAGCGUGGUCUCUAGGUAGGCCAUCACCUAGCUCUGCUGCCUCUCAUUUUGAUGCUAGUAACUGGGUCUGGGAAGUGACUCAUUAAGCUGCAUCUUGCUGAGCCCUGUUGUCCUGAUCCUAAGGCAGGGAUUGCUACAGUAGCAAUGGUUAACAAAAGCUCCUUGCUGAAACUGUGUUUUGAACACCGCCAAAUAAGGGAGAGCAUGGCGAUCAAAUGGACAUAAUGGGAAAUAAGGAAGUAUUGGGGCGGGAACAGGGUGGCGGUGGCCCACUGAAGGGCCGAAGGAGCCUGGUGCAAGGUCAGUGGUUUCCAGCUCCAUGUGGAAGUGACCAAUGCCUGGCCCUUAACCUCCCUCUACUCCCCGCCUCUCCUCCCUCCUCGCCCCUCCCUUCUGCCCUGCGCUCAGCUCUGGUUUGUCUCCUUCCUCCAAACCACAGCAAGCUGUCCCUGUCCUCCAGACUUUGCUCAGGGUCUAUCACCUCCAGGGCUCAGUGUGAUAAGAGGUGAUUUGUAAUAAUUUCUCCUUUCUAUUUUACUAGUAAAUGAUAUUGUGAAAAAUGAAAAAAUGCAAGUAAAUAAAAGAGGAAAGGUGGAAUUACCACUGGAAUGUAAGCAGUGUCAACGUUUUCAUAAAUGCUCUUCUGGACUGCUCUUCCUCAAUAAAUAUAUAUUGCUUAACAAAGGAGAUCGCACUACACUUGCUUUCUGGUAACCUACUUUUAAAUACGUUAAGAAAUGAGAACAGGAUUGCAUUGCAUUUUUAAAGCCCAUGCGGUAUUUCCCAUGUUGCGUGUCUAAUUUUUGAUCUGAGUCCCCUUUGCUGGAGGUUUAGUUGCUUCCAAAUUGUUGAAUGGUGGAAACACCUACAGUUAACAUCCUUGUAGCCUGUGCUUAUUUAUGAUUGCCUUUUUACGAUAAAUUUCCAGGCAUAGAAUUCCUGAGAGAAAGGAGAUGUCAGGUUGUUAAUGGCUUCCGAGGAGAUGUCUUUAAACACAAGUCAUAAAUCUGUCCAGGAAGAGAAAAUAAAUUGACGUGGAAAACCCACAGGAUCUUAGCCGUGUCCCAGGGGAACAGGCUGGAGCUACCAGGCCACGUGUCCAGAUCAUCCCCGCUGUGGGGCAAGAGUGAUUGUUAUUAAGCUGGUGAUGGUGGUCUCAUGGCUGUAUGCACUGAUCUCGACCCUCCUAAUUCUGCCUUCCUAGAUCUCCAUCCUUUGUCAGGGCGGAGCCACAUGGCCGUGUCCCAGGAAAUGUUGACCUUCAGGGAUGUGUUUGUGGACUUCACCCUGGAGGAGUGGCAGCAGCUGGACGCCACUCAGAAGAACCUCUGCAAGGAUGUCAUGCUGGAGAACUACAGCCACCUUGUCUCCGUGGGAUUCCUCGUGGCCCAACCAGGUAGGACCUUCAGGUUGGGACAAGGAGACGAGGAGGCCAGGAUGGCAGCUGGAGAAAGCCCAACACGGAGGUGUCCAGGUGAGCCCGUGCCGGAAUUCUGGCAAGUUGGUGACCCAAUAUAUAAUCAUAAGGAAAGCCAAGACAAACCUCUGUGGCAAGCUGCAUCCGUUGAUAAGGAAACACUGAAGGAUGGAAGUGGCCCAAAAUUCAGAACAUACAGAAAAAUCAUUUAUCCAAGCACAAACUUUGUUUCUAUAAGACAAAGACUCCCUAAAUAUGAUUCAUGGGGAAAGUGUUCAAAACAUAAUUUAAAUUUUCUUAGUCAAAGUAGAAGCUAUGUAAGAAAGAAAGAUGAUGAAUGUAAGGCAUAUUGGAAAUUAUGCUUCCAUUCUAAUCUUGAUAAAGCUCAACCUGGAGAGAAAUUCUUUGAGCUUAAUGAACAUGGAAAAGCCUUCCACCAUAAGCAAUCCCUUAAUAAAAGUCCAAGAAUUCAAACUGGGGAGAAAUUCUAUAAAUGUUCUGAAUGUGGAAAAGUAUUUAUCCAGAAAGCAAACCUUGUUGUACAUCAGAGAACUCACACCGGAGAGAAACCUUAUGAAUGCUGUGAAUGUGCAAAAACCUUCAGCCAAAAGUCAACCCUCAUUGCACACCAGAGAACUCAUACAGGGGAGAAGCCGUAUGAAUGCAGUGAAUGUGGGAAAACAUUUAUCCAGAAGUCAACUCUGAUUAAACAUCAGCGAACUCAUACAGGAGAGAAACCAUUUGUAUGUGGUGAAUGUGCAAAAGCUUUUAAGAGUUCAUAUCACCUUAUUAGACAUGAAAAAACACACAUUAGACAAGCAUUUUAUGAAGCUAUCAAAUGUGGUAAGUCCAGCCUUACACAUCAAAGGACUCAUACAGGUGAGAAACCUGAGUGCAAUAAACAUGGGAAAGCCUUUGAUGAGACGCCCACCCCCAUUAAACAUCAAGGAACUCAUACAAAAGAGAAACCUUAUGAGUGCAGUAAAUGCGGAAAAGGCUUCAGGGGAAAGUCACACCUUUCUGUUCAUCAGAGAGUUCAUACAGGAGAGAAACCCUAUGAAUGCAGCAUAUGUGGGAAGACUUUCAGUGGAAAAUCACACCUCUCUGUCCAUCAGAGAACUCAUACAGGAGAGAAACCUUAUGAAUGCAGAAGAUGUGGGAAAGCAUUUGGUGAGAAGUCAACCCUUAUUGUACAUCAGAGAACUCAUACAGGAGAAAAACCCUAUAAAUGCAACGAAUGUGGGAAAGCCUUCAGUGAAAAGUCACCACUGACUAAACAUCAGAGAAUUCAUACAGGAGAGAGACCCUAUGAAUGCAGUGACUGUAGGAAAGCAUUCAGUAGGAAAUCAACUCUCAUUAAACAUCAGAGAAUUCAUACAGGAGAAAAACCCUAUGAAUGUAGUGAAUGUGGCAAAGCCUUCAGUGUGAAAUCAACUCUCAUUGUACAUCACAGAACUCAUACAGGAGAGAAACCUUAUGAAUGCAGAGAAUGUGGCAAAGCCUUCAGUGGGAAGUCAACACUCAUUAAACAUCAGAAAAGUCAUACAGGAGAGAAAACCUAUUAAGAUACUUUACUGUGAGAUAAUUUCACUAGUUACACCUCAUUAUAUUAUAUAUCAAUUCAUCCUGGGGAGUAACCUUAUAAAUAUCAAAAAAUGUCAAAAACUCUUCAUAUAUUAUUUAAUGUUCAUUUAACUUAAUAAAAGGCACAAAA